AUGGAUAGAUCACCUAACACCCGGGACUCAGGUCCACCAGAUAACUGUAACCCAGUCCCCAGAAGCAUCUUCUUCCGGAUCUUUGCCUUCAGCUAUUCCGGAGCUUUGCGCUAUCACACCGUCCAGCCAAUGCAUUGCAUCCAGCGCAACCAAAACCUUCGCGAGGACAAGGAUGGAGUCAUCGCAACACUGGUUCGUUUCCGUAAGACUAAAUCAGAGGAGUUGAGAUUUGUUCAAGGAGCAGCAGCGCUGUCCGGAGCAGCAGUAAUAGGCGUCUUCUCCUGGCCCUCGACAGAAAGAACAAUCUGGGUGGCCAAGAUGCUCUGGAACUGGAGUUUAUUUCUCUCCUUCUUUGCACUGAUCAGCUCGGCGCACCAACGGCUUCUUCGUCGUCUUCCCGAGAACUCGAGUGACGAGCUCAGCGAUGCCGACCUGGCGAUAUGCCUCUGUUUAUUCCUGCAACCUCCUGCCCCGCCAGGGCCAGGGGAUAGGAUGUUCCAUCGGGGGAUCAGUCGCAAGAUGGUCUGGUUUUGGCAGUGCCCGACUAUGCUCAUGAGCUAUUCUUGGGUUUUAUUCUUGGUUGGGUACGCGAUACAUUUGUUGACGCCGGUUUUUGAUGCUUCCCUGGCGGAGUUUACAACAAUCGUGAGUUGA